AUGGCGAGACCAUUUUCGACCACAGGGGUCGAUUAUUUUGGGCCAGUUUAUAUCAAACAAGGAUAUCGUCGCAAUGCGAUGAAGGCGUAUGUUUCUGUCUUUGUCUGCUUCACGACGAAGGCAACACAUUUGGAGCUAGUAACAGACCUUUCGACGGCACGAUUCAUCCAGGCUUUACGAAGAUUCACCGCACGUCGAGGAAAGUGUGCCACGUUGUGGUCGGAUAACGGCACAAACUUUAUUGGAGCCAGAAAUCAGAUGAAGGAGCUUCUCAACAACCUAAAGACUAAAAGGCAUCAUCAAACAGUUGCCAUGGAGUGCGCGGACGAGGGCAUGCAGUGGAAGUUUAUUCCACCCGGAGCACCACAUUUCGGUGGCCUGUGGGAGGCUGCUGUACGGUCGGCGAAAACAAAGCUUCUCAAGGUGCUUGUGAACUCGACAGUCUCAUACGAGGAUAGCAAAAACACAAAAAAAAAAUUAGCCGCAUUUUUACGAGUAUUAGAUGGUCAAGGGAAUUCUUCGUUAAGAUUGUCUAGUGUUUGCCUUCUGCAUUUCCGUAACAGUAACAAAGCUUAA